AUGAUCCAUCCAGAUCAAGCAAGAUCAAUUCUUGAUGCUCUUAAUAUUUCAAAAUCAAAACUUUCACCUCAAGGUCAAAAAAACCUCGAAGAGCUUGCAAAAAUUGCAUAUUGCUUACAAAUAAACCCAGCAUGCUUAGAAUUGCCAUCAGCAGUCGCUGAAGCUUUGAUCACAAACUCCCAAGCAACUUCUCAAAUCAACUCAGAUAUCGAAAUUUUAUUAAAUGUCCAACAAAGCUUGAAAAAAUCAUUUUUGCUUUUAAAUAAAUUGAAAAAAAUCAAAUCUGAGUUACUAGAAUCUACAUCUUAUUUAAGUAACAAUAUAUCAUCCCGCCUAAUCCCACAAAAAAAAGAACUCCAAGCAAGAUUGCAAACUUUAACUCCAAAAUGAGAAAUUGAUGAAGAACUAAGGCAUGAGUCCCUCCUAGAUCUCUCAGAAAAAUGCCAAGAAACAUCUCGUCAAGCUGCAUCUCUCCAAAUAAGGGUAGAAAUGUUUAACGAUAUCCCACCUGUAUUCACUAUUUAGAACAUACAACUAGCCCAACAGAAGCUUCAAGAAGCCAAACAAGAGCUUGCAAGAAUAGACUCAGAAUGGACACAAAAAGUCAAUGAAAUGCUCCAAUAA